CUGAGUGGAGACAUGAAGCAGCACGCGCUCUGCUCCGUCCUCCUCCUCGCGUUCUGGGGUGCGGCCCGCGGCGGGCCCCUGACGGCUCCCCAUGCCAACAUCACGGACCAGGAGCUGUUCUGGGGUGCAGACCAGUACGACUUCUCUGUGGUGCUGUCUGCCACCGGCAUGGACUGUUUCUGGAACUUUGCUCACACUGGUGAGAAGUUCUACCUGAGCUUCAUGGUCCAGUGGGUGACGGGCAUCGGCCAUGACAGGCACCUGUCGGUCACCGUCAACGCUCCAAGCGGCCUUCUGCUGUCCAGCGUGGACGACGCCACCGGUCAGGUGGAAUUUGAGGCCAAGGAGACAGGGUUCUACCAGAUGUGUUUCAGCAACUUCCACAACCACUUCGGAACCAUGCAGGUCUUCCUCAGCUUCGGCGUCUACUACGACGAGCACCGCCCGUCCGCCAAUAACGACGACGACAGGAAGGAAGAAGUGGCCAAACAGCUGAACAACACCCUGAGCAUCAUCGAGGACUCCGCCCACAAGGUGGAGAACCACGUCUUCCACAUGUUUCGCUACUACAACUUUGGCCGCAUGAGGAGGAGCGCCGACUACUUCCUGCUGCUGUCAAACGCGCGUUACGUCACGUGGUGGUCGGCGGCGCUCACCGUGUUGGUGGUCGCCUCGGGGUACCUGCAGCUCCUCUUCCUCAAGAGGCUCUUCAUCAGCAAGACGGACGGCGACGACCGCGGGCCUCGCUGCUGAUAGCGACGAUGACGAGCUGCACUUACUGUGCCUUUCUUGUUUUGUUGUUGUCUUUUUUAACAAUUAAAGUGGAAAGUGAGAGUUUUUUUUCUCGUCGGAUCAACGCACCCCCUCGUGUCCACCCACAGU